UUGCUGUUUCUAGCGGAGAUGGGGGGAGCAGCCACAGCUGGAGGGAUAAUAAGAUGCGCAUGAAGUAGGUAUCUGGCAGCAAAUAGAAGAUAAUAGAAAAGUUUUCAAAGAGGAUAGGUCUCCACUUUACAGUGACGAUUUGUUUUUCCACGUCUAUCUAUAAGUCUACUGCUUGGCCAUUUGGCCACAACCAGAAAAGAAGAGGCUGCUCACAUAAAAAAUAUAUCCGUUUUGAGUUGUGGUCGGAAUUACAAGGUUUUUUCCUUGCACUUGCCAAGACAAAAAAUACGGGCUUCGUCCUUUUGCAAACAAGUUGAGUUUGUCGCCAAGAGUUAAGAAUCAGACCGCCUUCCAGGAUUUUCUUCAGCUUGGAGUGUGGCGGCGAAAGCUGAUCUGGCGUGCCAGUGUAUCGGGCGCACAGUAGUGCAGCCGUCAUCUUCUUUCCAUGCGAGAAUUGGAUUCAGACCAAUAAGUGAACUCCGUGCCGUCGAAGAUGCGUCUGGGAACACUUUAUUCCACCACCGUUUGCCUUUUCAUCGGAACUGGAGAGAGGAUGUUGCUAGCGAGGCUUGCGUCUUUAACGCACACGUCCUGUAAACUCUGAGAAAACUAAUGUACAGACCUUCUCUAGUUGAACUGGGUGCUUCACCUACGUAGCCUGUUAAGUGCUAUCAGCUCAGUAGUUCGCUCACUGGGUUGGCUACUGAGGUGGUUGGUUUGUUUGAUCCAAACCGCAACUUUUUACAGAGAUCAUCUCAGUGACCGGAGGGAGUACAGCCAAGCCAAAUGUCUACCUGCAGCAGCACGACAGCCCCGAGCUUCCCCAAAGCCUACCUCCACUCUCAGCAUCCCACGGCCCCACCGUCUCCAUCCCCGUCCCCAAGCCCGCCAGUGGCGCUCUACAGCCGCCUCUCCAACGGCAGCCUGAAUGCCCGGCUCAGCCCAACGAACUCGAGGGGCUCCUUCCAAGGGGUCUCUUUUCUCCUUCAAAUCGGGCUCACCCGGGAGACGGUCAACCUGGAUCCGAACGACCUGUCUCUUUCUGCUGUGAAAGACCUUGUUUGUUCAAUAGUGGACCAAAAGUUCCCAGAGUGUGGCUUCUUCGGAAUGUAUGACAAGAUCCUUCUCUUUCGGCAUGACCUGAAUUCUGACAACAUCCUCCAGAGGCUGACGUCUGCGGAGGAGAUCCAUGAAGGAGACCUUAUUGAGGUGGUGCUCUCUGCUCAAGCCACGGUGGAGGACUUCCAGAUCCGCCCCCAUGCCCUGUACGUGCACUCCUACAAGGCCCCCGCCUUCUGUGACUACUGUGGGGAGAUGCUCUGGGGCCUGGUGCGCCAGGGCCUCAAAUGUGAAGGUUGUGGCUUAAACUACCACAAGCGGUGUGCUUUCAAGAUCCCCAACAACUGCAGUGGUGUGCGGAAAAGGAGGCUGUCCAACGUGUCCCUACCGGGGCCAUCGCUGUCCCUCCCACGGCCGGCCACCUUGGAGAGCAUCGUGGUCUGUCAGGAGGAGCAGCGCCCUCACCUGGAGGCUGGCAAGCGCAUCCCGUCCUGGAGUGGCCGGCCCAUCUGGAUGGAGAAGAUGGUGCUGGGCCGGGUCAAGGUGCCGCACACCUUUGUCAUCCACACCUACACACGGCCCACUAUCUGCCAGUUCUGCAAACGCCUCCUCAAAGGCCUCUUCCGCCAGGGCAUGCAGUGCAAAGACUGCAAAUUCAACUGUCACAAAAGAUGUGCUUCAAAGGUGCCAAAAGAUUGCCUGGGAGAAGUGCUUUUCAAUGGAGAGCCGGCGAGUCCAGGCCCAGAUUCGGACACCACGAUGGAGGUGGACAGCAGUGAUGUGAACAGCGACAGCAGCCGAGGGCUGGACGACUCCGAGGAACCCUCCACGCCCGAGGACAAGAUCUUCUUCAUGGACUCCUCAGACCUUGAGCGCGAGAAGGACGAGGAGCCUGUGAAGGCCAUCAGCCCCUCCACCAGUACCAACAUCCCCCUGAUGCGGGUGGUGCAGUCCAUCAAGCACACCAAGAGGAGGAGCUCCACCAUGGUCCGGGAGGGCUGGAUGGUGCACUACACCAGCAGGGACAACCUGAGGAAGAGACACUACUGGAGGCUGGACAGCAAGAGCCUGACCCUGUUUCAGAAUGACUCAGGAGCCAAGUUUUACAAGGAGAUCCCACUGUCGGAGAUCCUUCAGGUGGAGUCGCCCAAGGACGUCAGCCAGCUGGCCCUGGGCGGCAACCCCCACUGCUUCGAGAUCAUCACUGCCACCAUGGUCUACUACGUGGGGGAGAACACGGUGAUGGGUGCACCACACCUGCACCACACCAUCCACAGCAGCAGCCCCGUGCUGGCACCGUCCGGCGUGGGCCUGGAGGUAGCCCAGGGCUGGGAGAAGGCCAUCCGGCAGGCCCUGAUGCCCGUCACGCCCCAGCCCAGCGUCUGCACCGCCGCUGGACAGGGCAAAGACCACAAGGAGCUAUCCAUCAGCAUCUCCGUGUCAAACAGUGAAAUCCAGGAGAAUGUGGACAUCAGUUCGGUUUACCAGAUAUUUGCAGAUGAAGUGUUGGGGUCGGGCCAGUUUGGGAUUGUAUAUGGAGGGAAACAUCGGAAGACAGGUAGAGAUGUGGCCAUCAAGAUCAUUGACAAAAUGAGAUUCCCCACUAAACAAGAGAGCCAACUGAGGAAUGAGGUGGCCAUUCUGCAGAACUUGCACCAUCCUGGUAUUGUGAACCUGGAAUGCAUGUUUGAGACACCUGAGAGAGUCUUCGUUGUCAUGGAGAAGCUCCACGGCGACAUGCUGGAGAUGAUCCUGUCCAGCGAGAAGAGCAAACUUCCAGAGCGCGUCACCAAGUUCCUAGUUACACAGAUCCUGGUGGCCUUAAGACAUCUCCACUUCAAGAACAUUGUGCACUGUGACUUGAAGCCUGAAAACGUGCUCCUCGCCUCAGCAGAACCUUUCCCUCAGGUGAAGCUUUGCGAUUUCGGCUUCGCCCGCAUCAUCGGCGAGAAGUCGUUCCGGCGGUCGGUGGUGGGCACGCCGGCGUACCUGGCUCCCGAGGUCCUCCGCAGCAAGGGCUACAACCGCUCGCUGGACAUGUGGUCCGUGGGCGUCAUCGUCUACGUCAGCCUGUCCGGAACCUUCCCCUUCAACGAGGACGAGGACAUCAACGACCAGAUCCAGAACGCCGCCUUCAUGUACCCGCCCACGCCCUGGAAGGACAUCUCCUCAGAAGCGACAGAUCUCAUCAACAACCUCCUUCAGGUGAAGAUGAGGAAACGCUAUAGUGUAGACAAGUCUCUCAGCCACCCCUGGCUACAGGACUAUCAAACGUGGCUUGAUCUGAGGGAGUUUGAGACGCGGAGAGGCGAGCGCUACAUAACGCACGAGAGUGACGAUGCACGGUGGGAGGAGUACGCCAACCUGCACAGUCUCGCUCACCCCAAACACUUCAUCAUGGCCCCCAACCUGGACGACAUGGAUGAGGACCCCUAGAGGAUGGGAGGACUACAGUACAUGCGUGAAGAACGAUACAUGUGCCUGUGUAGUGGAGCGUGUGUAAGAGAUGUGGCCGUGUGUGUACGUAUGCGCGUGUGUAGCGGAUUGGAAGAGAAGUGUUUGUUUGUUUGUGUGUGUGUGUGUUGUUGUUGGAAGUGGACAUUGUGAGGAAAGAUGAGGUGACCUUCGUGUGUGGACCUGGACAAUAUAUGAGAAAUGACUCCAGGACUCCUGGAGGGAGGACAUUAUUGCCUGUGGGCCUCACCUUGAACUUGGGACACAGGACAUGGCACACGGAACACAGAACACGGAACAUGGGACAUGGUUCUAGAGCCGCAAGGAGAGGAGUGAAAAGUGACUGUUCUCUCCACAGACAUGGGAGCUGGAUCACUGCCACGGAUACAGAAUACUGGGAGAGACUGUCUAUGAAUAAUAUGCUGACCCCAGUGGAAAGACUUUACAAAAAAGGACUCAUUAUGUUUUUUGUCUUGUUCUCUUUUUUAAAAUACAUCUAUAUUUUUAUAUUUAAACAUACAUUCCAUGCCUUUUGGGAGGGAGGGUGUGUCGUUCAGUUGCUUGGGCCUUUUGAAAGCAGUGAGUGGGGACAACUAAACCGUACAACUAAAUAGUAGGCCUAAAACUAUAUUGUUAUUUUUUUUAUUGUUGUAUGAUUUACUGAUAAAAAGGAUAAUGUUAAAGGCCAUUUUCUUUGGGAGAAGUUGAGAUGUUUGUCUGCAUGUUUUUUUAUAACAUGAAUUUGUGAAUUGUUGUUGAAUUGAUUAAUUGUUCCUUAUUUUUGUGUUGCUAGCUGUUUUUCUAUAAUAUAUGAGGGUUUGGAACUGGAACAUUUUUCUCUUCUACAGUAGCCUGGCAAACCAGAUUAUAAUGUUAAAUGUAUAGUCUAGGCUCGCACCAUAGGCAGUCACCAUGCUAAGGCCACCUUAAUGACUCUGUACACAGAUUCAAAACUAGACAGAGCGUUUUAAUUAGAGGACCGAGCCAAGCAAGAUUCAUGGCUCAGCUACAACUAUCCAUUUGCCAUUUAGGAGAUUAAGUUUCUUCACCUGAUCUGACCCGUGGCAGCCUUUGAUGUUACCUAGCUACUGGAAGAUUGUCUAAUCCGUGUAUCCGUGUAAUGCUUUAAAAAUGUCUAUUCUCCUGGUUAAACAAAAGACCAAAGAUCCUAACACUGCCAGAAAGAUUAACACUCCAGUAUUGAAAAGCAGCGAUCCUGUAAAAUAAUAAUAACAAGGCUUUCAGGUACCAAAGACAAGUUCCUCAGACAUGCAAUAUUGCCAGAAAUAGCAUCAAAGACUGAUAUUCAAUCUUGACCGUUUGCAAGUCAUUGGAUUGAAUGAUUAGAUAUCUGGCAUAUCUAUUCUGCAGUGCAAUACUUUCAAAAUCCUUCCUCAGUACUCAGGACCCAUCUGUACAUCUAAGACGCUAACUGAUCUUUCAGCCCUAGAACGUUCAGAUUGAAUGAAAUUGAAUUUGAUGGACAUGUUUUCUAGAAAAAUAUACAGUACAGUGUAAAAGCCCCAGUACCGAGCUCACUCAUAAUACUCUAGGACCACCCUUUUAAAAUAUUUUCUAUGUUUAUUUUUUUUAUUAUUUGGUCUUUAGUUCAACAGGUUAGAUAACACUAAAGUUGCAGGCAGCACUGUUGAACAAUGGUAGACAGACCACCCCCAAACACUAUUAUUAUCACAAAUUAUAAUACACUGUUUGUUCCUUCAGUUUUGAAUAGACAUUCCACUGCCAGAAGACUUGUACUGAUAACUGUGGCUUGGGCUUUUGAAAGCACAAGAAAACUGCCUUCAGUCCCCUCAUUCCUUCAAAAGUUUGAUCAUUUCCCCCAAUGACUGUUCUCUGUGUGUUGUACGCUUGUGUGUUUUUGUCUUGGAGAGGAUCCCAGCGCUGUUGACUGCCUUCAUGGUUAAUCACUUUGGGAUUCUAGUGACUUCUGGUUAAAAAAAGAGGGAAUUGUUUACUUUCAGUGAGACACUCAGGCUCGCCACUGAGGAGAAAGCUUACAAGAGGCAACUGAGGUGUGUCUGAGUACUGAAGUGUUAAGCAAUUGCUUCAAAAAGAAGCCUAAAUGCUACGUCUUGUCUUUUUAGGCUAGACAAUGAUGGCAAAGUUUUCACUUCAAAUGAACUUAAUAGGGUUUGGGACGCAACGCCCAACCACAAAAAGAACAAUGUGCAUGUUCAAUUCAAAGGGCUUUUGAAUACUGCCGAUGUCACAAAGAGGUUAGAGUGCGCAAAAGCAAAAAAAUAUAUAAAUAAAUUUAAAAACCAUCACUUUUCUGCAUGCCAAGGUCUGCUUACUGCCGCAGGGUUCGAUGUGUUUCUCUGUUUCAGGAGUCUUAUUAACUUUGUCAGAGUGAAAGUUUUUUUUUUCUUCGAAAGCGUAAAAAUUGAAACUCUUGCUUAGUGUGGCAAAAAAAACAUCUUGGCCGAAUGUGAUAUUAUGGUUUGGGAUUUUGAAAAAGAGACCACCCCUUGAACUGUCUAUGUUGCCACUGGAUUGGCAUUUGUUUGUGUUUUGUAUAUUUUAGUACAUACAGAUUUUAAUAAUAAAAAACAA